GUUUCAAAGUUGUUUUGUGUUUAUAUAUACAUUGAAUAAUUAAUUUUAAAUAAUAUAUAUAUAAUAUAUAUAGGGUUUUUUCCCGAGGUGCACGAGGUCUCGGGACCCCUGGGACCCUUAGUGGGUCCGCCACUGACCACACAUCUCAAGUCAAAUAGGUGAUUGAUUUCAAUUUUUUGAAAAACUAUCAAAUAACUCAUCGUACUAAUAUUGAAAAAGUCAAUUGAAUUCUCGUAUUAUUAAAUUGUUCAAUUAAAUCCCCCGACUAUGCAAAAAAAAAUCAAUUACACUUUGAUCCGGUUGAUUACAAGCUUGGCCGGUAACUGCUUACUCGGAUGCCCAAGUGGAUUUAUGAUUUCUUUUUUCUUUCUUUUUGCUUCUUCUCCCAAGCUCUCUAUGCUCAACUAGUACGUACGCACACCUGCAACAUUUUUUUCAUUUUUUCUCUUUCAUUUCUUCUUCUUUCUUUCUUUUUAAAUUUCUUUCUUUCCUCUCUCUGGUCGUUUUGUUCUACCUGUUUCUCAAAUCUCUGCUCAUCUUCGGCGAGUUCGUCUGCCGUCUCAGGCGAGUUCGUUUAUUUCCCCGUCAAAUUCUUCCGCUUUCUUCUUUUUCGUAGGUGGCCUGGUCCCAAUUCUUCUAAGUUGGGUGUGGGAACUGAUGGAAGGCUUUGUUGGGUUAUCUUUAACCAAAAUUUUGAUAAGUUAAAACUAAUUAAAAAAGAAAAUUAUAUUUGGACAGGAUCUCGUAUAAGAACAAUAAGGAGGAUGACAAAUGAGCAAAUAAGAGUGAAGUUCAAUGUAUUAUUUGAGUGUGUUGUUCUGAUUACAAUUAGGAUGUCUUAUUUAUAGGAAGGGUAGUUAAUGUUCUCAAGACUGAUUUGUCCGUUACUGGCUAGUUGUCCGUCCGUUAUGGCGAUUUCGAAUCUGUCAUAAAGGUUGGUCAAUUACAAUUAAUAUCUUCUUUAAUCACAUUAAAGAGCCUAAUCUUUAUCUUUAUAUUAUAUUAUUAUAUAAUUAUUAUACUUCGUACUUAAUAAAGACACUACAUAUGAAGAGAAAGUUUUCCGGCUGAGUUUUUGCCACUUUUAGUCCCUCUACUAUUGUGUUAGUGAUACUUUUGGUACUCGACUUUUAAUUUUUCCACUUUUAGACCUCGACUAUUAUGCGAGAGACACUUUUGAUAUCCGUCUUUGAAAAUUUCCGUAUUUAGUCCUUCGACUUUUGUAGAAGUGACACUUUUGGUCCUUCAACUAUUGCUAUAGAGACAUUUUUAGUCCUCCACUUAUUGUGUCAAAAUCAUAAUAGAAGGACUAAAAGUGUCAAUCUGAUAAUACUCAAAGGACUAAAUGUGGGAAACUUGAAAGUAGAGGACUAAAAGUGUCUCACGAACAAUAGUCGAGGACUAAAAAUGGAAAAAUUAAAAGUCGUGUACCAAAAGUGUCACUGACACAAUACUCAGGGGACCAAAAGUGGCAAAAACUCUUUUCCGGCUCAUACAUUACUGCUGAUUUAUUUACUUUCUGGGCAUAUGUGUAAUUUCGCUGCUACUCAGAAAAAAUACGCCUUUGUUCUGCUUUUGCUCUUCUUCUUGGACCGCAACCCAGCACCAGUUCACCACCGUCUAUCGAGAGUCACCUUCUGCCGCACCAUUAAGCUCUCAUCUGUCAUCACAUGGCCACUCAAGAAAGAAACCAGCUUCAUGGAAAGGGACGAGAGAGAACUUCUACCGCAAUGUAUGGCAUGAAAUGCUUCCUCUCCUUGGAUUCAACAAGACCUAAGUCCGAUUAGUUCACCCAACAAUGGAGGAAGAAAUCUAGGGUUUCAUUUCCCUCGCAAUCAAAACUCAAAGGUUUGGUUUUAUUCCUAUUUCAUUUGGGGGAAAACGGGCCUAUUAUAUUUCCCCACAAAUGUAAACUUGGAAACUCUUAAUUUAUGAAAAAAAAACAUAUUUUCUAGAAUUAUACACUAGCAGGGCCGGACCGUAGUACAGACUCAAGAAGAAUUUUUUUAGCGUAUGUAUAUAUAUAUAUAUAUAUAUAUAUAUAUAAAAUAAUUUUCUCCCUCCCAAAAAAUAUUUUGAAUCCCCCAAAAAAUGCUUUAGCCCUCCCAUGAUGACUUUCCUGGGUCCGGCCGUGUACACUGUUCUAUUAUUACGUAGCGUUACUAAUUCCAAAGUUGAUAUUUGAUACGCUCGCGUUGAACGAUUGUUGUUGAAAUCCAGCUCAAGUGUCUUUUUUUCACUGACUUGCAAUGCUCUUUGGUAGAUGAUCAUACAUAUAGUUGUUUCAACAAUAGUUGAUCCAUGGAAGUCAACUACUGAACUACUAGAGUUUAAAUAGGGAUGAAUAAUUUUCAUUUUAUUUAGUUCAAUCAACUACAUUAUUUUGUUACGAUGAGAAAUAUGUUGUCUAAUCUGACCUUCUUAACAAAAUAUGAAGAGUCUUUCCAAAUAUUCUAGGUACAUGUAUCAUACAUUUGAUUGCAUCAUUCAACUAUAACAUUUUUGUUCAAUUAUAGUUGUCUCACAUUAGCUCUCUUUAGAGUAGUACAUAUUGCUCCUAAUAAUAGUUGAUUGUUUUCUUGAAAUCUAGGGUUUCAUUUCCCUAGCAAUCAAAACUCAAAGGUUUGGUGUUAUUCCUAUUUCAUUUGAAAAAAACGGGCCUAUUACAUUUCCCCACAAAUGUAAACUUGGAAACUCUUAAUUUAUGAAAAAAAGAUUUUUUCUAGAAUUAUACACGGGUCUAUUAUACUUAGAUUUUAGGUUUACAAAUGUGCUUCCGGGUACUAUGUUUUAUAAAAAAUAACCUCUUUUAUAAUAUUCACAACGGAAAGAGAAUCAUUCUUUGUUUCAAGAAAGCCACCAAGUGUUAUAGGCAAGAUAAAAAACAUUUAGUGUUCAUGAUAAUACCAUUUUAUGUGCCUUACUUAAGACUUCAAGUUUUUAAACUUCUGCUCUUAGUUUUUUAACAGUUUUGUUUUUAGGAAGGCGUGUAUGAGUGGUCUUAUUCCAAUCACUUUGAUGUGAUGAAUUAUAUUUCAAUGAAAGUAUAAAAGAUCACUCUUUGAUUUCAUAACAAAAAAUCUAAAAGCAUCCAUACCCACCAGUUACUCAAUGAGUUCUCUAUUUGCAUUUUUGCAUACAAAGUUGUUGUGUGUCUAUUUUUUCAAUAUUUGUAUAAACACUUAACUGGAUAUCCAAUACUUGAAAAAAAUUGUAAGAUGUCUCAUUUAUAUUUCUAGGGAUUUCCUAAGUCUUUAAAAUUCUUUUUAAGUAAAAUCCUCCUUAAAUCGCUAUGCAAUCUCAACUAUGGGUCUACAUGUUUAUUUAGAUGUGAUAGUCUGUGCGUAUGGUAGUAAUUUGUUUAUGAGUAUGGUUUUACCGGAUCAUAGGAGCCUUAACAGAUGAUAUUGGGAUCCUCUUUCAUUUGUUCCAGAUUUGCUAAUAUCACUUUGAUUUUGCAAAAAUCAUUCAUUAUCGUAAAUAAAACCUGGUUUUGUUUGACAAAACUCAUUUUUGAUAGAAUGUUUCUCUUUAAAGCUUCAUCUUUUAGAUCAAUCUUUGACUAUUUGUUUAAACUUCUUCUAUUAGUUGUUCUUUAAUAGUUUUUUUAGAAAAGUGUGUGUGUGUGAUCUUAUUUCAAUCAACUUUGAUGUGAUGAAUUCUAUUUUAAUGAAAAUAUAAGAGACCAUUUUUGUGUGGUCUUAAGUAUUUCUUGACAUAUGCUUAGUCUAGCAUAUACGGAUUUCAAAGCUAUUUUACUGUUUGUUUUAACAAACCUCCAGUGAUCAUGAAUAGUAGUGUAGUUUCACCAUAAAUAUCAAUCAGUGAGUAAGAUGAAUAUGACCUAUACUGAUAUUGAUACCUGUUUUCACCCAUCUGGUGUUAAUGAGUAAGUAUAGUAGUGUAGUUUCACCAUAAAUAUCAAUCAUGAGUAAGAUGAAUAUGACAUAUACUGAUAAUGGUACCUGUUUGCACCCAUCUUUGCACUUCAACUUGAUAUUUGUUAACCUUUUUUCACUACUUAAGGGUCAUAUUUAGUGUAACAGUCUAAGCUUCACAGUAGUGUGUUAUGAUUGUUCACUAAGUUUUUGUAAUACUAUUAUAGGAUUGGAGAGGAACCGAGUUUUGAGGGAUAAAAUAGUUCGUUGCAGUCUAUGCAUUUGGUGAUAUGAAGUAGUUAUAGUUUAUUUGUUUUAUCAGUAAACUUUUAUAUACAUCAUUUUUUAAUAUUGGUAUCUAAUAGAAAUAUUUUAGAACAUAUUUAUCUUCAAAGAUGUGUAUCAAGCAACAUUUUACUUUUGGCUAUAUCAUAGGAUUCUUAGUGAAAAAUUAGCAACUCAUGCACAUAACACAGAGCAUGUUUCCCAUGAGUUAUUUGAUAGAGUUUGCUAGCUAAUUAUGUUGAAUUCCCUAAAUGGAAUAGCAUUUUGCUAAACCCAUUUGUAAAAAGCAGGUUGGAUACACAUAGUUUUCCAUCUUCAUUUGUCGUAUCUUAUUUAUUAAGCUUAUAAUAUGAAUAAGCAAAAUCGGUGUGCUUUGUUACAUUAUAGGUUGAAAUCUACAAAACCCUACUACUAUUGUGCAUCCACAAAUUCAUCCUGUCAAUGGAUCUCCAUUUCUACAUGCAUAAAUGAAAAGGAUGACAAAGGAUGUUUUUACUUGGACUGUAAUUCCUCCCAGACCAGGCCAAACCAGACCAGAUCAGACCAGACCAAACCAGACCAGACUUGGAUAGUUAUAAAAAUACAAAGAAACCAGAUCAGCCAGACAAGACCAGAUCAGAUCAGACCAGACCAGUAAAUUAUAGUCCAAGUAAAAACAUCCAAAAUGUACACAACCAAGAAAGAAUCACCAGUAGGGUUGGCCAGUGCUCACACAAUUUGUACAUCCAGCCUGGUUCUCACCGGAUGACAAAUACUCAAGGGAGAGAGUCCUCCUAAAGUAGUGCUUUGGUCUGUUACCCACUCAGAAGCCAUCUCUAAAGUACUGGCAUGGCAUUGCUACAAUGUUGUCGUCACAAGCUCUUUGGUAGAAUGUGUUUCACAUUCGUGUUGACUACACCAAGUCACACACUGCACCCUUUUAUGUGGUUAGCUAUCAUGGAUGAGUAAUUUAAAUCUAUUCAAUUCCGCUUCGUGUACACGCAGGGUUACACGUCGGGUUACACGCCGGUCAAAUUGUCUGUAUACAGACAAUUUGACCGGCGUUUUAUGAAGAAAAUCGAUUUUCGUACAGACAAAAUAUCAAGAGUUGUCUGUAUCACAGACAUUUUAGACCUGAAUUUUUCAUAAAGUGCCUGUGAUACAGAUUUUUUUUUUGUCUGUGUGAAAAUCGGUUUUCUUCAUAAAUCGCCGCUCAAUAUGUCUGUGUAAUCGAUCAAAUUGUCUGUACACAGACAAUUUUACAGGCGUGUAACGCGGCGUGUAAAACUUGGCGUGUACAAAAGGAAUUUUCCAUCUCCUCCAUAUGAAUUGCUAUUUUAGAUUAAGGGCUCUUUUGUCAACUAUUUUUGUAUGUUUCUCCCACUUCGUAUUAUAUAGCUAUAUAGUCUGUGUUACUUCUUCCAAGAUACAUUGCAAUUUAUAGGUGUGCUUGGAGAUGUAUAGUGUCAAGUCAAUAACAGAGUAGAAAUAUGUAGUAUCUCCUUUUUUAGAAUACUUAAAUGUGAAGGGUAAAUUACACUUUUUUUGUUCGAAUUCUUUAGUUUAAAGUGUGAUUAUUGCCACAGUGUUUUAAGAAGACAAAGUAUUGUUCGUAGCAAAUAGAUAUAUCGCCCAAGUCUUAAGAUCUUUUUAGUAUUAGAAAUAAAUAAAUUAUUUUUAGUAUAGUAAAGAGUAUGAAUUACUUCCAUAGUGUAUGUAAUAGUUUUCACUUCAAAUAAUUAAUGUAAAUAUUAUUGUUGUGUUUGUGUGUCCCUCAAAUAAUUGUUGUUUCAAUUAUUUUUAGGGAGUUAGUAUUGAUAAAGGGAUAUAAGGAUGUUUUUAUUUGGAUUGUUUUUAGUCCCAGACCAGAUUUGAAUAGUUAUAAAAUACACAGAGACCAGACAUUUACCAGAGCAGAUUUGAAUAGGUAUAAAAUAUACAUAUAUCGGACAUUUACGAGACCAGUUUAUAUCAGAUCAGACCAUAAAAUUUCAAUUCAAGUAAACACAUCCUUAAAGUUAUAGAGAUUUAAUAUCAGGAAAUAUAGACUUUGUAAAUCCGUAAUAGUUAACACUUCUUAAAAGGAAAAAAAGAAAUUACUUCAAAUAGGACUAAAACUAUGACAAAAACUCAAAAUAGGACUUACUAUGUUUUUCUUUUCAAAAUAGGAUCAUAUUAGUCCUAUUGGAAACAUACCUAUUUUUUCAUUCAAAAAAAGACAUCUUUUCAUUACAUUCUUACCCUUCCUUUAAAUAUGAGUUAAUUAAAUGUUUAAUUCAUAAUAAAUUCGAAACAAAUUCAAAAAUUCGUAGAAAAAUAAUUAAAAAAUUUAUAUAAUAUUUAUAAAAUAAAAAAUUUAAAAAAAUCAAUUUUAGUUUUUUUUAAAAUUAAUAAAAAAAUAGUAAAACUCCAUAGAAAAAAUUAAAAAAAAAAUAUGGAUGCCUUUCCCACCGCCUGUACUACCUCCCUGCACCACCAUCUCCGGCCGGUGAAAAAAUGCCAUUUCCCUAAAAACUGCCAUUUAUUUCUGAAAAUGCGAAAAACGUGGCAUAUUCCUCUUUGAGAAUGCCAACAUUUUCAUUGUUUUCUGCCAUAAAUAUGACAUUCAUAAUGAACUUGGCAUUUUUUCCCCUGGUGACUAGAGGUGGUGGUGCAGAGGCGGCGGAG